GCAGAUCAAAACAAUUGUGUGUUUUGUUUGUAAUUAAAGCGCUAAAUAAAGCACAAUAAAAAUCGCAAUAAAAAGAAUAGCAACGCGGGACGCUCGCGCUGCUUACGUAAAGUAAACCAAAACACAGCCAACCGUUUUUUCGCGCGGCAUUUUCAUCGGCCGUGAUCGGCAAAUGACACACCUGGCGAGAUGUUUUCGCUGGUAGCAGAUUAUGGCGAUAGUGAAGAAUCCACUUCCGAUACAUCCGAUGAUGAGAGCAACGGCACGGGGAAGCUCAACAACCCACCGACUGCAGCCACUUGCAAACAGCCGCAAGCUAAUGAUUUAAAUCAUGAUCAAUCCGUACCACUGCCCAGUGCCCGCUCGAUGCUCCAGUCCGGAUCGAGCCGCAUUAUUCCCGGGAGCGUGUUUAGCAAUCCGUUCCGUGAGGCGGAAGAGGCUAAACUGGCCAGCCUGGAGAAGCACGUCAAGAUGGUCGAUCCGGAGGCAAAUGCAGCGGAGCAGAAGCGGAAAGUGUGCUGGAGCUACAAGAAGGGACGCUGCCGGUUCGGCAGCAAAUGUAACUUUGCACACGAUUCCGAUUUGAUACUGCGCAAAGAGUUACCAGCCGAGGGUGGGAGUGACAAUGAGCAGGACAGCGGUACAGCGGCCACCGAUGACACCGGCACGGUAACGAUGGUGAAGAAACCGUUUCCCGCGGAUAGGAAGAAACGGCCCGGAUUAAGCCGGGAGCUGGUACCGCCAAAGAAGGUGCUGAAAAUGUAUCACAAGGAAAAGUACGGGAUGCUUAAAUAGUGCCCGAGCCGCGAAGGGUCACACCGUAGUGUAGGAUGGUAAAUGGUCGUGUAUUGCUUUUAUGUUUAGCGCUUGUGUAAGAUAUUAGCUAGAGAGGUGCAAUUUUAUUUACAGUCCCAGGAGCAGGUUAGAAAUAGAUACAGUUUUUAUUUUUGUUCUUUCA